AGGAACAUCUUUCAUGCUAAAACCAGCGGUAAAUCUCAUCAAAGUUCACCAUCUUUUAUGCAACUGUUGAAAAAAUACUUCUUUGAAUUGAAAUUUGGAUCAUUCAGAGAUUAUUAUUGGUGAAUUACGAUAGUCUUGAAGGAAUUUGCGUAAAAGGGAAAACGUGUUUUUGUUUUAGGUGCAUCUGCAAAUUUCAGUGAAAAAUAAUUCUUCCUUAAUAAGUGGCCAACUUGGAAUAGAAUUUUUCAAGUUUGGAUUGGGAUUGGUGGAUGUUUAGGUUCUUCCAUUCACAAGUGAAUUCAUUUGAUGAAAAGUAACAUCAGAAAAUUCCUAGCUUGAACAAGAUCCUUUGAGUGGUCUUCAAGGAUUUAGAUUCCUGUGCUUUGAGAGCAAGAUGCAAAGGGUUCGAUUGUCGUCGCAGCAGGCACCUGUACAUAAACUAGGGGAUUCUCAGAUGACAUUAUCCCCAAAAUUUAGAUUGUCUGUGGUUCCAUCUUCAUUGUUGAAUCCCUCAUCAGAGUAUGAGUCGUGUCUUCGAGGAGAACCUGUUAUUCCAGGUCUUCCGGAUGAUGUGGCUCUUAAUUGUCUCCUUCGGCUUCCAGUUGAGAGUCUUGCAGCUUGCAAAGCUGUAUGCAAGCAAUGGCAUCUUCUGCUUGGUAAUAAAGAGCGGUUUUUCACCCGAAGGAAGGAAUUAGGUUUCAAAGACCCUUGGCUAUUUGUAUUGGCCUUCCACAAAUGCACUGGGAAAAUACAAUGGCAGGUUCUUGAUCUUACCCACUUUACUUGGCAUACAAUUCCGGUAAUGCCAUGCAAAGACGAAGUUUGUCCCCAUGGUUUUAGAUGUGUUUCGAUUCCUCAUGAGGGUGUGCUCUUUGUUUGUGGGGGUAUGGUCUCUGAUGUUGAUUGCCCACUUGACUUGGUGUUGAAGUAUGAGAUCCAGAAAAACCGUUGGACUGUGAUGAAUAAUAUGAAUACUGCUAGAUCAUUUUUUGCAAGUGAAGUGAUCAAUAGUAUGAUAUAUGUAGCUGGUGGAAACAGUGGGGAUCUUUUUGAGCUUGAUUCGGCUGAGGUUUUAGAUCUUGCAAAGGGUAGUUGGGAUCCCAUUGCAAGCAUGGGGACAAAUAUGGCAUCGUAUGAUUCAGCAGUUCUCGAUGGGAAGCUUCUUGUGACAGAAGGCUGGCUGUGGCCAUUCUUCGUUUCUCCUAGGGGUCAGGUUUAUGAUCCGAGAACUAAUAGCUGGGAGAGUAUGGCUGUGGGAUUGAGAGAAGGCUGGACUGGCUCGAGUGUGGUGGUCCAUGGGCACUUAUUUGUGGUUUCUGAGCUUGAAAGAAUGAAGCUUAAGGUUUAUGAUCCAGACAGUGAUUCCUGGGAAGCAAUAGAAGGCCCUCCAUUACCGGAGCAGAUAUGCAAACCUUUUGCUGUCAGUACAUGCGAUAACAGAAUAUAUGUUCUGGGUCGCAACCUUCAUGUUGGUGUGGGCUAUAUUUCAAGCCAGAAUCAAACAGGCAGCUCCGAGAAGAGGAGCUUCGGUGUUCGGUGGCAUGUAAUUGAUGCCCCAAAACGUUUAUCUGACUUGACGCCCUCGAGUUCAAAGGUUCUGUUUGCUUAGCUUCUCUGAAGUAUCACAUGUUGUGUCUUGUAUGUUGUUUAAUAAUCCGUAAUUAUACAAAGUUAUAAAUGCUGUAGAGUUAGAAUGACUGUUGUCUAUCGGUAAUCUGAUAAUCAAAUAUAUUUCACCAAUCACACUUAAAUUUCUGGAUUCUUACUGUUAUUCUUACGUGAAA